AUGGCCGGCGCCAACGACAGCUUUUCCAACCUCGAGAAGUACCGUCUACAACUCGAGGAAAAUGUCAACCAGUUGAAAACGGCCCUCCAACAUUGGCAAACUUGGGAUGCCGAAUACGAAGCUCUUAAAGAAGAAGUUGAAGCUAUUCAGGAACCAUACUCACCCGACGAGUUACGUCGCAUUCAUGACGAAUUCGAUGGGGAGCUGCUAAUCGGGAAAGAGAUUGACGAAGUUUUUGGUUUACAAGAACUAAAAUCCAGGGCUCAGAUUAUCAAUGUAUUACAAAGGCGCAUCGACUAUGUCGGCAAAAACGUUUCGAGUCUAGAGAAGCAGCUCGAAACAGCAGAGAACAAGUAUGCUACUGCUACAGUUGUGAGCCAACCGGAUAUCGUGGAUGAAGAUGGCCAGCCCAUCACUGAAAUCAUAGAGGAGCUAGACGAUGAUGAUAAUGUUGUUUCAUAUCGUCUCAACCAGCCUGGAAAUGCUUUACCAAAGGUCAAAGAGGCCCUGGAGAAGGCGGGAGUUGAUGAUCUCCAAGGUGAGACUCAAGCGAUAGAAGAAAACGCUCCAUCGACCACGCCGGCGGAGAAAAGGCCGUCUUCUGCGAUCUCAUUGAAGCCCAGACCGACGGCCUCACCUAAACCAUCUGGCUCAGAAACACUGCCCGCGCCGUCAGCCAAAAAAAGUGUAUCAUUCUCAGAGGAUGUGGAAGUCUCAAACCCGCCACCGGCAGAAAUGUCUAUAAGGGCCAAACGGGUGGACAAAAUAAUGAGGACUGCCAAGGAACAAGAAAGCAUUAGCAAUGAAAAGCCAAUUAUUCCGGAUGAUGAAGAUUCUGACGAUGCUGAGCUGAGACAACAAAUGUUGCAGUACGGCAUGGGCGAGGUCGGGGCUGUGGUUGCCGAGUUGGACCUAGAGGAAGUCGACUCAGACGACGAUAGCGGCUUUGGCUAUGGCGACGAUGAUUUCGAUGAUGACUUCGAUGACGAGGAGGGCGAAGAGGACAAGUACGGCCGGUACACUGGACGUGUUGUUACUGAUAAGUACCGUCAGCGGAUGCUUGAAUUGGAACAGAGACUGGGUAUUAAAUCCCGCUUCACUGAGCAAGCUGAGCAAAAGGAAGACGGCGAAAAGUCAACCGACGAUUCCGAAGGGAUAGGCAGGAUCGUUGUCAACCGAGAGCCUGGGACUUCAUCAUCGGCAACGAAACCUGCUCCUUCAAAAUCUAAUAUUAAGGAGAGGAAAAACGGAGAUGUCGAGGAAAAGAAAGGUGUUCGGUUUGCACAGGCACUCGACAUUGCCCCAGAGGAUGAAGCAGCAGCCGCUCAGCCAGCUGUAAAGGAAACGCCAGUCAUCGAGCCUUUGGGGGAUGUCGUUGAACGGACAAGCUCUACAAAAGUUACUGAGCCGAAAACAACUCGCAAGCCGUCGAGAUUUAAAAAGUCCAGAGACGACAGUGCACCAAAUGAUCACAUUCCAAAGGGGCCUUUUGAUGUUCCCUCGAAAUUCGUGCAGCAGCAGCAGCAGCAACAACCACAGCGAACCGUACCUACCGGACCGGAGGGUUCGACCAUUGCCAAUACCUUGGUAGAACGCGAAAACUCAUCCAAUGUCCUUGCUCCAGACGAGUUUGACGACUCCAUGGCACACCAGGAAAUUGCCGAUGAGUACCAGCGCAUGCGCAGAAAAUUUAUUCAUCGUGACGGCGGUUUCUUGAAGGAGGACGAGUCUGUCAUCCAACCACUAGACGAGGCCGAUGGCGGACAACCGAUGAGUCGCUUUAAGGCUGCGCGACUAUCAAGGCAAUAG